AUUUACUAUUUAGAUGAAAGAUUAAAUUUUUUAUAUUUUAUUUAAAACUAAUAUAAUUUUUUAUUAAAAAUAAAAAGUAGUGUAUAAUUUUAUUAUUAUAAUUUAUUUAUAUGUACGGAGCUUGCCAUGCAUCCUCUGUUUUCGGUAAGGUCUCGGCAGCCUUGUUGGCGGAGUUGGACACCACCUGUUGAGGGAUGGCAUAAAUUGAAUACUGAUGGAUCCUGUUCCCUUGCUACAAAUUCUGCUAGUGCAGAAGGGUUGAUUCGGGAUUCCGUUGGGAACUGGGUUUCUGGUUUUAUUGUCAAUGUGGGCCAUACUUCCAUUUUUGUUGCAGAACUUUGGGGUUUGAGGGAAGGGCUCAGGCUUUGCAAAUCUCUUGGUAUACCGACGGUUGCAGCAGAAAUGGAUUCCCAAAUGGCUGUUCGCUUCAUCUAUGAAGAUAGGGAGGUAGAUAAUUUAUCUGUGGCUAUCUUGUUGGAUAUUAAAAGUUUGAUGUUGGAGUUUAAAGCCUGUACAGUGCAUCACAUCCUAAGGGAAAAGAAUGCUGCGGCAGAUUACUUGGCUUCCCUUGGUCAUUCAUCACAAUCGGGUUUAAGUAUACUCAAUUCCCCACCAUGUGGUCUAUUGCCUAUAUCCUCUUAGGUGAUCAGCUGGGGGCUUGUUUCCUCUAUUCUUAGUUUCUUCUUGGCGUUAAUCUAGUUUUCAUUGCUGAUGUACCAAAAAAAAAUUAUAAUUUAUUUAUUUAUGUUUAUUGUUAUUUUAUAAAAUUAAUAAUUUUAA